UCCUGGAUAACAAUAUCACUUCAACUCAUAAUUCAUAAUUCAAACUGUAAACAAAAACAAAACAAAAUGGCGUUCUCAUCUUCGUUAUGGUCUUCUCUCUUCAUUCCAAAUCCUAACAGAAAUAACCGUUUUUCUACAUUCUCUCCUUCCUCUCCCGCCACUCACAAACUCUCAACCACAUUCGCCAUCCCUCCGCUCUCAACCGCAACGGCCGCCGACGUUACCGGCGCAAUCGACGGCACAACAAUCGCCGUUGUAAGCGGCGGCUUUGUCGCCGGACUCACCGCGAUACUCUCUCUAACAGACCCCGAGAGACGGCGGCGCGAACAGGCGGAGGAAGUUGGCGGGGACGAUAAAGAAGUUGUGAAGGAGUAUUUUAACAACAAUGGAUUCCAGAGGUGGAAGAAGAUCUACGGUGAUACUGAUGAUGUUAAUAGAGUUCAGCGGGAUAUUAGGUUGGGGCAUUCGAAGACGGUGGAGAAUGCGCUACAGAUGCUGAAAGAGGAAAGGUCGCUUGAAGGCGUUACUAUUUGUGAUGCUGGAUGUGGUACUGGUUCUCUCUCUAUUCCGUUGGCUAAGGAAGGUGCCGUUGUGUGCGCCAGUGACAUUUCUGCUGCCAUGGUCGCUGAAGCUGAGAAACAGGCUAAAGAACAACUUGUGUCAUCUGUGAUGCCAAAGUUUGUGGUGAGUGAUUUAGAGAGUUUGGAAGGAUUGUACGAUACAGUGGUGUGCCUCGAUGUUAUGAUUCAUUACCCUCAAAGUAAAGCGGAUGGGAUGAUUGCUCACCUUGCUUCUUUGGCAGAAAAGCGAUUAGUUGUGAGCUUUGCACCUAAGACAUUUUAUUAUGAUGCACUGAAGAGGGUUGGAGAGUUGUUCCCUGGGCCUUCCAAGGCAACCAGGGCAUAUCUUCAUUCCGAAGCAGAUGUUGAAAGGGCGUUGCGCAAGGUUGGGUGGACGAUAAAGAAGAGAGGCUUAAUCGCAACUCAAUUUUACUUUGCCAAGCUUAUCGAGGCUGUUCCUAUGUAGCAAGGCUAGAGGAUUCAGAGGAUUAGAGAAGUAUCAUAACUAAAACCACUAUAGUUUUCUAGUAAGCCGGACUUUGGGGAAAAAAGAAUAGAGGAUAAUGCAACCUGGAUCAGGAAUUGAAAGAAUAACAUCAAUUUCAAAAGAACAAAUGUAUAUGAAGAGAAGUUUUCACCAAAAUAAAACAAUAUGCGGCAAAAAAAACAAACUAGUUUAAGGGAGUAACUGAUAACAAUAAACUCAAGUGCCGAAUUUAACAGUGAUUGAAAGAUCCUUGUCCACAGAUACUACACUGAUGCCCCUGAAGAA